AUCCGAAAAAAGCCUUGGCACGUUUCUCAGACAAAAAAAAAAUCGAAUUUCCCCAUUCUGACCAGUCUGCAAUGAGAUAAAACUUCAAAGAAAUAUGUUGGAUGCAAAAUUCGGUAUCCGCUGCAUUAUGCAAGCACAAAGGUCCUGGAUAUGAAGACCAAUCGGAAAUAAGACAUGGUGGUGCAACCAGGCGUGGAGGCGAGGCGGAUUUCCCGACAACGAAUUUGAACGAGGUGUAGUUGCGGAACCAAAAAGGAACUGUAUUGCUGUGGAGAAAGAAAGACAAGACCUCUUGUUGGUUUGUAAGAGCUUAGAAGGUUCCUCAGUGUGCUCCAGACAGUCGUCUGUACGCAACGGGUUUAGUGAAACCUCUUUUAGCACAAUGUUUGACGAUAUAUCUCCGAGUAAUUCGGGAAGAGCAAGUGGAUUCGGCGAGAGCUUCAAAAUAUUAUUCAGAUGGAAACACAGUGUUUACCGCCUUCUUUGGGAGCCGUUUUUGAUCUACGUGAUUUCCUACAUUUCGCUUUCGCUGCUCUACGAUUACGUGCUCAGCGCUAAUGCAAGAGUGGACUUUGAAGCCAUAGCCGCCUACUGUUCCAAAUAUACGUCUUCACUUCCCAUCGUUUUAUUGUUGGGAUUUUUCACAUCCACUUCUAUGCAGCGAUGGUUCUCUGUCUUCAAUACCAUGCCUGGAACAGCUAAAGUGAUUGCCAUUUUCGUUCUCGCUUUGAAAGAAAACGCAGCAGACGGAGCGCAGAUGAUUCAGCAAUACUCUAGAUGGGUUUUAUUGAGCUGGACUUUUACAUUCCGUUUAAUCUGCCAGCCUUUGAAGAAACUUUAUCCUGAUUUACAGUCCCUUCAAAAUGCUGGGCUUUUGCUGGAACACGAACGGGUACACCUGGAACAGGUGCAGUCGAAGCACGCUAGCGAGAGCGACCAUUACCUCUCUUUAGCGGUACUGGACUGGAACUUGGCUAUGCUAAAGCGUUGUAGCCGACAAGGUCUUUUCACGAUUCCAGCCGACUGUAAUCGUCAAGUGGAUGCGCUGAUGGCCUUCAAAAAAAGCUGUUGUAAUACUCUCAAGUUUUCGUCCAAGAACAUACCAGUUGCUUUGAUUCAGGUCGUGACUAUUACCGUCUACUCUAUCGGCGUAGCAUCGCUGAUGGCACGUCAGCUUGCUGAUAAAAAUCCGGCUACUUCUUUUAUCACGGGUUACUUUCCAAUGCUCAACACCUUUCAGUAUUUUCUUUAUCUUUCUUGGUUGAGAUUUGGAGCUAUGGCGUCUAAUCCAUUCGGAGAAGACGACGAUGAUAUUGACAUUACAAAGUUGCUCCAAUCUCACAUCGAGGAUGCGCAGAGAUUACAAGCGCUUUACGUUGCUGGUCCGGCGGAUGAAUUAGUGACGACGUCCAUUGAAACCCCAUCAAAAAAAUGGCCGCGCAAUUUGUGUGUGUAUACUGACGAAGGUGCUGAACAGGUUGAUGGAGCAGACGACGACGGAAUCGGUUUGACAGAAGUUUAGUAUUACAACAUCUUCUAGCGCCAGAUAAGACUCUCAGCUGUCCACGCCUCCGUAUCUCGCUGCUUUGUUUACAACCUGCUAGAUCCACAUUUUUAUAGCAACCCUACCCU